GCACUUUUUACUCGAUAUCACCACACGAUGGUCCAUAUGACAGGAUGGCCGAAAGGCUCUUCGGAGAAAUUCCUGCAAUCGACCCCUGUCGCCAAGACAAUCACUUUGUAUCCACUGAAGAGCUACAGUUUCGGUACCAAAGAUCCCAACUAUGAGCGUGAUCGUAGUGUCCCUGCUCGAUUCCAGCGUUUGCAAGAGGAUUUUGAUAAAUAUGGAAUGCGCCGUUCAGUUGAGGGAGUGCUUCUGGUACAUGAACACAAUUUGCCACACGUCCUGUUGCUUCAACUUGGCACCUUUUUCAAACUACCUGGUGGAGAAUUGAAUCCAGGCGAGGAAGAGCUUGAAGGACUUAAGCGCCUGCUGUCAGAAAUGCUAGGCCGAACUGACGGAGUACCUGUGGGUUGGGUGCCGGAAGACUGCAUCGGUAAUUGGUGGCGGCCGAAUUUCGAACCUCCGCGGUACCCCUACAUUCCUGCACACGUCACGAAACCAAAAGAGCACACGCGACUCUUCCUCAUGCAACUUCCCGAGAAAACCUUGUUUGCUGUCCCGUCCAACUACAAAUUGGUAGCGGCUCCUCUCUUCGAACUUUUCGACAAUGCCCGAGCUUACGGACCGAUCAUUUCUUCCUUGCCUCAAGUUCUUAGCCGCUUCAAUUUCGUCUACAAUGAUUAAUUGGAGGAACUCUUUUCUGGCCACCAUUGUUCCACAAUGUGUAUGAUAAACAUCUUCCCCCCUUGUAUGCCAUUUUCCUCUGGUUCGUUCAUCUAUCCGGUUCGUUCUAUCUGGUUCGUUCAUCUAUCUAUUCACCGAA